GCAGCCUGGAAUAUUCUUCUUGUGAAACCCUGUCCCGCCUUUCUUUCUCAGACAGGUUUGAGGGAGAUCCGAUUGUUGGUGAUGGAGCAUGAAGGGGAUGUAUAUGUUAUCUCCACAAGCAACAAAGCGUCCGUGUUUAAGCUAGACCUUAAACGUAAGGUAUGGGAAGAGAAGAGAGAACUUGGUGGCUUGACAGUAUUUGCCAGUCAACCUACCUCUCUUACAAGAGCUGAUCUCUUGGGGGAGAGGAACUGAAUAUAUCCAUCGCAUGAUGCACUAUCUCGCUGAUGACAAAUAUAGUAGCCAUCGUUCCCCUAGAAUGAACUAUUUGUCUGACCGAAUAGCUUGGGUGGAUCCACCCCUCAACCAAGCUAAUUUGUCACCUUAUGAUGGUAUUAACUACUGAAAAACUUUGUUUUAUGCUGUUUCAAGGUUUAAUAUUGAACUAGUUGCUAGUCCCCUUUUACAUUGUAGCUCGGGCACUGAUCUUUAAGAGUUUAAAAUAAAAGUGUUUCACUCUGGUUACAUUUUACUACAGUACAUGUUAGUUUAUUGGCACUUUACAAUUAAUGAUAGUUUUAAUGGAAAAUAAUAUAAACUCUGUAGAAACUUGGAAGGACAAGUUAACCGACCUAGGAGAAACUACUGCGAAUACCUUCUCCAAGAUUGGUUCUUGAGAUAAGUUUUAAGAUGAAAAAAAAGGUUGAAGCUCCCGCGCGUGACUGCACGCGCGUCUCCCUUCUCUCUCCUCUCUCCUCUUCUACGACACAAGGUUUUCUUUGUAGAUCUGGUCCUGCCUCUCCGGUGAGCCUCUUUGGCCGCCGGGGAGGGCUCACCCUUUUACUGCUUCUCCAAGGUCUUAUCUUUCUCCUCUUAAGUGGAAGGUGGUGGGACAAUCGAGGAGGAGACUAUUCGAGCUAUCCUCUCCGGCGGUGCUGAGGCGUGGAGUAAACGUGAGGCGGGGCGGAGCCGUGGCCGAAGCGGGUGUAGUCCGGCUGGGAUCGAGGUCGGUGCCGAGGCAAGUCCCUCUUGGAAGUGGGCAAUAGAGGGAUUUAAUUGGGAGUAGGCGACUAGCGAGCCGCCGUGCAUCUUAAUCGGUUUGGCUUCCGCGGCGGAAGUCGCCUCAUGUUUCGGAGGGUUGUGCCGCGUGUGUAAGGAGGGGAGUUUGUCGUGUUCAUGUUCCACGGCGCUCUAGACUUCGGCGGUGCUGUUGGGAGAUUUGUUCUCCUUGCCGGUGUCUCCCUCCUUCACCGGAUUGAGGAUAGCUUAGAAGUUCCCGAUGACGGGAUGAAACCUGGCGGAGUUUGAAGAAUGCUCCUUCUAGGGUUUCAUCUUUAGUCGUGUAGGUUGUACCAGUUAACCGGGUUUGGUUGAUUCCGAAAUUGUAUUCCACCCCUUAAUUCCCGGUUCGGGUUGAUGAAAAAAAAAAGUUUUAAGAUAAUGAAGCGGAUUUAAUUCGUUAAGAGUUAAACUUAAUACAGUAUAUAGCGCCUCCUUUUUUUAUACGUGAAGGGUCAGUUACCUUUUUACCCCUUAACUGAAAAGUGAGUCACAUGUAUAAAACAAACGAAACGAGUGAAGAAAAAAAGAGUUGUGUUUCCUUCGUCUUCUUGCUCUGUUCUUCGUCUUCUUGUUCUAUUUUUUUCUCUGAAAGUAUAAGUCGCGUUCAAUCUUGUCUCGCCAACGAUGGAGAAUGAUCUCGUUGGUCAAUUUUGUAAGGAAACCGGAGCAAAUAGGAUCACCGCACUCAUGUACCUUGAUCUCUACGGAAGCAAUUUAGAUGAAGCUAAAGAUGCUUUCUUCUCGGGAAACACAGCAAAGAUUGUGCGUACAGAUCCACCGCAUCGGGCACGCUUGGUGAGCCAACUUGAUCUGCUCGUUCAUUCAUUUCAAACGAUGGCGGCUGGUGAAGUAAGUAAAGAAGAGGCGACGGCUUAUCUUGAUGAAUGUAGUUGGGAUUUGAAGAGAGCAGUAGCAAAUUUCAAGAAAUAUCACGGUGGUCUCAAGCCAAAACCGCUACAUCUCUGUCACAGUCCAAAGCACUCGUAUGUUGGGACCUUAGCGGAGGAGGAAAGACUCGGAGAUUCUCUUCCUUCACAGUCUUCUUCUUCGGAUUACGGAGGAGGAGAAGAUUCCUUGAACGAAGACCAAAGGAGCUCUUCCAUUUGUGACAACGCUGAGCUAGUGGCCAAUACGAGGUUUACAGAAAAAGAUGCUCUUGAUGAGAUGAUCCCUUUACCUAUUCCUCAAAUGUCUUCUCAAGAAAAGUUGCCUAGUCUAGGUAUUUUUGGUAGUCUUGAUCAAUGCUAUUGGAAUGUGGACCAUCCCAAGAACAAGUCGAAAUUGCUGACGAGUAUGCAGUCCGAUGAUGAGAAAACACCCACGACUUCUCUUCCACUGAUGGGAUUACCUGUGGCUACUCCUCAAAAUCAAAUGACACCGUCGUCUCAAGAGAAGGACAAAUUGAAGGGUGAGGCUGAGGCUAUUGUUGAUCAAGGUACAACCAUGGAGACGUCCCCUGCUUCUUUGGAUAUAUUGGAGGGUAAGGCUGUUGUUGAUCAAGGUACAACUAUAGAGACAUCCCCUGCUUCUCUGGUCUGCAAAGACAGGAUUGUGGACCCUAAAGCUGCACACAAAGAGUAAAGAUCAGGUUCAUACUAACUGCUAGUGAGUACAUAUCAGCAAACUGCUAGUGAGUACAUAUUAAAGAUCGGUUCAAGAAUUUGUUUCUAUCCUAGAUAUUAGCACAUUUGUUCUUCCUUUCGUUACACUCAACUGUAAUUCAUUCCUAUUUUAUUUCAUAGAAGUAGCAAAUACCUUAUAUUGAUUAACACACAAUCAGGUUAAGAAAAAAAAAACUA